AUGGCUUUUGCAGCCAGAUCCUUUUCUCCUGCUCGUCUCUUCCGCCCCAACAUGUCCAUCUCUACAGGGCUCCAUAGUCAGCGCAAUGUCUCUUUUUCUUCGUAUCUAGUGACACCAAAGCAGCUGAAUGAAGCACUCAAGAAGAACCCCCCCAACAAAAAUCUCAACUUCCCCGCGCCAUGGUUCAUGCCGAACGACCCAGAGGGUCGCAAGGGAAUUGACUCGUUCCGCAACUCGCGCAUCCCCCAGGCCCGGUUCUUUGACCUUGACGCUGUCAAGGAUCAGGAUUCACCUUAUCCACACAUGCUUCCCACUUGCGAGACCUUUGCCGAGGCUAUGAGCGAGUUGGGGAUCCGUCGCGACGACUCGGUGGUGGUCUACGAUACUGCCGACCUGGGCAUAUUCAGCGCGCCCCGUGUAGGCUGGACGCUGCGCGUCUUCGGUCAUUCCAAUGUGCACAUCCUCAACAACUAUCGUCUCUGGAUCAAAGAAGGUUUUCCGACCGAGAGCGGUGAGGCAGCGGUGAUGGAGAAGUCCAAGUACCCUGUUCCGACAUACGACUCGCGACUAGUGAUCUCUUUCCGGGAGAUGAAGGAGUUGGCAUUGGACUAUGGCAAAGAAGGUGCGGAGGAAAUAGAGAUCCUCGAUGCACGUUCUUAUGGUCGCUGGGCUGGAACCGACCCGGAGCCGCGCCCUGGCCUGUCAUCGGGCCAUAUUCCUGGCUCCAAGAGCAUGCCCUUCCAAGAACUGUUGGACCCUGAAACCAAAACCUAUCUCCCUGCUGAAGACCUGCGAAAGGUCUUCGAGGACCACAAGGUGGAUCCAAACCAAACAAUUAUCAGCUCGUGCGGCACUGGCGUGACUGCCUCCAUCAUUGAGACAGCCCUGAAUGAGGCGGAAUAUGGCGACCCAAACCUGCGCCGCGUAUAUGACGGCAGCUGGACUACUAAUAUGGACAUGGAAACCAGUGAGUGGGCGCAACGAGUCAAGGAAUCGGAUGGUCUCAUCAAGAAGGUGAAGUCAUAA